AUAUUUUUUUUACGAUUCACACUUGAGAAGGAACAAGUUUGGUCAGUGACUGUGCCUGUUCCCUUGUGCUUGUGAGAAGCGUAGACUUUAGUUCGAGAACAAUGUGGGUACGUGGCUUUGUUUGAAAUCAUAACGUGCCAUGUUAAAAUCAGGGUCUUUGUUUAUAAAAUAUAAUGUAAUUCUAGCAGUCUAAGGCAAUUUGAAAGAGCAUAGAACAAGGCAUGAUGGACACACCAGUGUUGAAUCUUCCAGAACAAGUUACAUUUACUUUCCAGAGUGGCUUAGUAAAGGAUUCUGUUACAACUGAUGUUAGUCAGUUAAACCUGAAGACGCUGAAGAACUUAGCUUGUAAUUUUAUUGAAAGAAAGUUUCCAGAACAUGGUCUUAAUCACUUGAGUGAGCGUUUGAUUUUGUUUCGUCAUGACUACAAUGCAGAAAACAUGCUUCUUCCUAUCACUGCUGCAUCUGAUGUAGCAGAAAACACAGUAAUAGAAACAAUUUUAUCAGUGAACAAUCCAUCUGAUGAAGUCCAGAUCAAUCCUCAUGGUUUGAUGGUUCAUUCCUACAAGUCUCCAACAUUUUGUGACUUUUGUGGGGAACUACUGUUUGGCUUAGUGCGUCAGGGACUCAAAUGUGAAGGUUGUGGUUUGAACUUUCAUAAACGCUGUGCCUACAGAAUUCCCAACAACUGUACACAUGCAAAGAAACGUAGAUCUUCUUCCUACUUAUCUCCUAACAACUCAACAGAAUGUGUUCAUCGGGUAGCUAGCACUGGACCUAUGUUAUCUAAUGACAGUUCUCAAUUUUUGGCAGUAUCACCUGUUCGAGAGAAGCGUUUGUCUUUAAAUAUGGGGCGGCCAACCUGGGUAGACAGAGAAUAUGCCAACCGUAUUCGAAUACCACACAGUUUUGAGGUACAUUCUUACACACGACCCACAGUCUGCCACUACUGUAAGAAACUGCUAAAAGGGCUUUUCCGACAGGGAAUGCAGUGUAAAGACUGCAAGUUCAAUGUUCAUAAACGGUGCACUGAGAAGAUUCCAAACAAUUGUCCUGGAGAAGCUCCAAAGGAUUGGUUGGAUGGGGUAGAAAGUUUUGAUGCUGAAAAUGAUGUUGAGUCUGACAAUGAAAAUGAGAGCUCGUCAGAACGAAAGAUGCAAGACCUUCAAGAUGAUGAAUCAAAACCUGCGGUUAAUGUUACAACAAGCAACAACAUUCCCUUGAUGAGAAUUGUUCAGAGUGUAAAACAGACAAAACGUAGAAGUUCCAAAGUUCUGAAAGAAGGUUGGAUGGUGCACUUCACUAACAAAGAUAGCAUGAGGAAAAGGCAUUAUUGGUGGCUUGAUAGUAAAGCUAUUACCUUGUUUCAGAAUGACACAACGUCCAAAUAUUAUAAGGAAAUUCCUUUAUCAGAAAUUUUAGCCCUUGAGACUCCCAAACAAAGUCUUAGUUCUGAGUCUCCUGGAACCAAGCACUGCUUUGAGUUGCGCACAGCUAACGUGGAUUAUUAUGUUGGAGAAGACUCUGAGGUUUCAAAAGGGUGGGAGGCUGCUAUUCGACAAGCAUUAAUGCCAGUGUCUUCAGCUUUUGCUGCUACAAAUUAUGGUUUGAUUCAUGAUGGAAGUGGACAAGCAAGCAGUGAAGAACAGACUAAUGAAGAUGUCAGUCACAUGUACCAGAUCUUCUUGGAUGAAAUCUUGGGAUCUGGACAGUUUGGAGUUGUUUAUGGAGGUGUACAUCGUACAAGUGCUCGGGCAGUGGCUGUUAAAGUCAUUGACAAGACCAGGUUGCCUGCCAAACAGGAAGCUUACUUGAAGAAUGAAGUGACCAUUCUACAGGAUAUUCAUCACCCUGGAGUGGUCAAUCUAGAGAAGAUGUUUGAAACACAUGAAACUAUCUUUGUUGUGAUGGAAAAGCUGAAGGGUGAUAUGUUGGAAAUGAUCUUGUCCAGUGAGCACAGGAGGUUAUCAGAACGCAACACAAAAUUUCUGAUUUACCAAAUCUUGACAGCUCUGAAACAUUUACAUUCCAAGAACAUUGUUCAUUGUGAUCUAAAGCCAGAAAACGUUUUGUUGUCAUCAGAUUCAGAUUUUCCACAAGUGAAGCUUUGUGACUUUGGCUUUGCUCGUAUUAUUGGUGAAAAAUCAUUCCGAAAGUCUUUGGUUGGAACUCCCGCAUAUCUAGCUCCUGAAGUUGUAAGGAACAAAGGUUACAACAGGUCACUGGAUAUGUGGUCAGUAGGUGUGAUCAUCUAUGUCAGUUUAAGUGGAACAUUCCCUUUCAAUGAAGAUGAAGAUAUCAAUGAUCAAAUACAAAAUGCCACUUUCAUGUAUCCACCUAAUCCUUGGAAGGAGAUUUCCCCAGAAGCUAUUGACUUGAUCCACAACUUACUUCAAGUGAAGACCCGAAAGAGAUACACUGUGGACAAAUCUCUCUUUCACACCUGGCUACAGGAUUAUCAGCUAUGGUGUGAUCUGCGGGAGCUGGAAUCUCAUGUUGGAGUCAGAUACUUAACUCAUGAAUCAGAUGAUGCUCGCUGGGAAGCAUAUCGCCUAGAACGUAACCUCCCUCCACCUCGUGCCUUAACAACCAAGAAUUAUAGUGCUGAAUCAUCCUCAGAGUUACUGCUCACUGAACUUUUAAAGUGAAAAAGAUAACAGCUGCUGAAAAAAAAACUAUUUCAUGAGGUAAAAAAGGAGAGAUCUUUAUGGCCAAGCUGUGCUAAGAAAACUCAACAAAUCAGUUUGACCACCUAUAAACCUUAACUACAUCACCAUGGUGCAGUCCUCUGAUGUUGAGAAAGAAGCUGCUGUCUCCAUGGCUGUUCCUGCUAGAUGUUGCCAGACCCUGCCAUCCCUGAACAAUCAUCAUCGUUGAAGAUGUCUUUUCUGCAUAAUAUCGAAAAUACUUUCUGUACAAGUUCCAUAUAUUCAACCAAUACAGCUGUUCAAACAAAUUCCUUUACGGAAACACUACCCAGAGCGACUGCAGAGAACUGUUAUGAUGCAAUCCUAAAGGCGUUUAAGUAGCAGUGUGUCUUAAAACCCAAAGACACCUUCAGAAAGCUUGUUGGGUUUGCCAGUGAUGGAGCUUCCGUCAUGCAGGGAGUGAGAGAUGGAGUUACUGUCAAGUUAAAGCAGAAUUAGCCCAAAGUGAAAAUCGUACACUGUGUAGCCAAUCGGUUGGAACUGGUGACAAAAGAUGCUAUCCAAAACAUAGAGCUCUAUAACAAGCUUAACUUGUUUCUUCAAAAGAUAUACAAUUGCUACCAUAACAGCACAUGCACGAGAGGAUACACAAUGUGCUGUCUGUAUUUGUUUGUACCAUCUUUUUUCUUUUCUUUAGAUUCCGAGUCUAGUAGCCAAGCUAAUCAGACGAGUUUUUUUUAUACCUGCUAUGAUAUCUCCUUCGACAGCCAGUUUUACGCCGAGAAAUACGCCUGUUCAACCGGUUAUCGUCGAUGGAUUACCCUCGGACUGACUUUACUCCUCGACAAAUCAUCGCCUUCAUCCACCAAGUUAAGCCAGAGAGUAUCUACUCACCCGACGAAAACUAGGAUCCUUCGACGAGGCGGAGUUUUUCUCCAGCCCUCAACCUAGUCUGACCUUGCUUAUUUAUGUAAUCCCUGGAAUGCCGAUAUUAAUGUCAUCUGUUCUACCACUAAGAGCUAAUCUAUCUUCUUCUCUGUCUUUCUUAGGGGCGUCGAUCUUUCUAUCUCUUCAGACGAGAUCCAGCAUUCCCUUGAAGCAGCCACUGAGUCCAAACUUCACACCGUCCACCGGAUCCGAUCCAGAGUUACAGCUCUCACUUCCCAGUUCAUGAAGGUAGUAAUCACCUCUAAACAAGCAGCUGACCACUUCUUAACUAAUGGCUGUUUCUUUCAUUCCUUCCACUUUAGAGCAGAACGUCCCCACGCAUCAAUGGAGUUUAAUAAGACCAGCAAGCCUGCCGUUCCACUAAUUUUAACUCCAAGAACUUCGACGCCGAUCACAACUCCAUCAGAUACUAAUGUAGCUUUACCUAUUCCACGGGUCAAGGACUACUCUACCCGGACUGACGCAGAAGAGAGCCAGCAGCCGAAAACGACACUCACCUGUACCAAGUUCAGCACCGUCCAAGACGAAGUUAGCAUACAGUCAAGACCCAGACCCCAAGAUCCACUACAGCUAAUUCGACAACGUCCAAGACGAAGUUAGCAUACAGUCAAGACCCAGACCCCAAGAUCCACUACAGCUAAUUCCACAACAUCAAAGACGAAGUUAGCAUACAGUCAAGACCCAGACCCCAAGAUCCACUACAGCUAAUUCCACAACGUCCACAGACAUCCUUCUAACUUCUAGCCAGCAGAAUCAAACCGUUACCACCAAGAGUGACAAAAUAAUUCAGAGUGAUACAGAUUAUUACGUACAACCACCAACCGUCAACAGGAAUUACCAUUUAUACGCCUACUCAACCGUUUAGGCAAUUAAUGUCUUAUCAUUGUACCAAAGUUUACUCGUGUUUUAUUACUAUUUAUGUACAAUGUCUUGCUUCUAACAACCCUUGUAUUUCUUCCAUUAUAGCCUCUUCCGGGCACGGUCAAGGUAUAUUAUUCGGCGCCCUGGCCGUGAAAGUGGGUUUUCUACGGGUACUCCAGUUUCCCACCACAGCAAAUUUACUUUUUUCCUUUGAACUUUUGGAUCCUCUGAUCCCAGCCCUGAACAGGUGUCAUCUCACGUAAUGUUCAAAUUAAGUUAAAUGUAAUGUCAAGUUCUAGUUGAAUAAUUUUUCACUCGAGUUUAAUACUAUUAAACUUAAAACUUUCUUUUAUCGACUUACUAUUCAAAGUAUUAAUCUUUAAAUCACUUUACAUAGUAUUACAUGCCAUUCUCAAAUCCAGGAACUUGCUACAUUGUCACAGCCAGUCAAGAACCGCCGAGCCAAUACUCAAGCUGCCGACACCACCUCCACGUGAGUACCACGUGGAGCCGUCAACUCUCCUUCUCUUCUCUUCCUUCGUUCUCGUCUUACGGCUUUUCCUGGACGCUGCACAAUAUUUAAAUAGUUUGUAUGU